AGCCUGGCUUAAGCUUUCACUUCAACAUGCCCCAUGUUCUCUUCUUUCCCUAAAUGCCCAUCUGUAUUGCUUACAUGAGUAAAAAAAACUAUUGUAUAUAAUGAACUUCAUCUUCUCAGAGAUACAUCCGAAAAAACUCAUUAUUUGCUUCAUUAUUUUCUGCUUCUAAAAUCAGAGAGAAUGGUCUCUUCUAUGGCCACUCUUCUCUUCAUUGCAGCCUUAACGGCUGCCUCUUAUUCUUCAUUAGUGGCCGCUGAAUCCAAAGGAUCUUUUGAAGAUAACUUCAGUAUCAUGUGGUCUGAAGAUCAUUUUAAAACCUCUGCAGAUGGGCAGAUCUGGUACCUCUCUUUAGACAAAGAAACAGGUUGUGGGUUUCAAACAAAGCAGAGAUACAGAUUUGGGUGGUUUAGCAUGAAACUCAAGCUGGUUGCAGGUGACUCAGCCGGGGUAGUCACAGCUUAUUAUAUGUGCACAGAAAAUGGGGCAGGGCCAACAAGAGAUGAAUUAGACUUCGAGUUCUUGGGAAACAGAACCGGCCAGCCCUAUCUGAUUCAAACAAACGUAUACAAAAAUGGCACUGGUGGGCGUGAGAUGAGGCACAUGCUUUGGUUUGACCCCACUGAGGACUUUCAUACCUAUUCCAUCCUCUGGAACAAUCACCAGAUUAUAUUUUUUGCGGACAGAGUGCCGGUGAGGGUGUUCAAAAACAAUGGUGAAGAAAACAAUUUCUUCCCCAAUGAGAAGCCGAUGUACUUGUUCUCCAGCAUAUGGAAUGCGGAUGAUUGGGCAACACGCGGUGGAUUGGAGAAGACAGAUUGGAAGAAGGCUCCAUUUGUGUCAUCUUACAAAGAUUUCAGCGUUGAUGGGUGCCAAUGGGAAGAUCCAUAUCCCAAAUGUGUGUCAACCACCACUGAAAAUUGGUGGGAUCAAUAUGAAGCUUGGCACCUCUCAGAUUCUCAGAAAAUGGACUAUGCUUGGGUUCAAAGAAACCUUGUUAUAUAUGAUUACUGCAAGGACACUGAAAGGUACCCAACAGUGCCUGUUGAGUGUUCUUUGAGCCCAUGGGAUUGAUGAGCUGCAUAAUUAAACUCAAUCUUUGAUUUUCAUUUUUCUUUUCUUCUGUUGAAACGAAGACGUGUAUUAAAUUCUUUGCCAAUUGUCUUUAUUGUAUUUCAUGAUUCAAUAUUAUAUAAUUUUGGUUUGAAUCAA